GAACUCAGAAGCUUGAGAGUGUUGUGCUUAGUAAAAUGAACUUCGAAUCUUUUGUGAGAGAUCUGCUUUUGGUUCGUCAUUACAGAGUUGAAGUUUACAAGAACAAAGCAGGCAGUAAAUCUAUCAAAGAAAAUGACUGGUAUUUAGCGUACAAGGGUUCUCCAGGAAAUCUUUCCCAGUUUGAGGAAGUUCUCUUUGCCAACAAUGAUAUGUCAUCGGCCAUUGGGGUUGUGGGGGUUAAGCUGUCUACUACUGACGGACAAAGAGUAGUAGGAGUUGGGUAUGUCGACACUACACUGAGAAAAUUGAGUGUCUGUGAGUUUCCAGAUAAUGAUCAGUUCUCAAACCUUGAAGCUCUGCUGGUUCAACUAGGACCAAAGGAGUGUGUGCUACCAGGAGGAGAGACUGCAGGAGAGAUGGCAAAACUACGACAAGUCAUUCAGAGGGGAGGAAUCCUGAUUACAGACAGGAAGAAGGCGGAUUUCACGACAAAAGAUAUUGUUCAGGAUCUCAAUCGCUUGUUAAAAUCAAAAAAAGAAGAACAAAUGAAUAGUGCAGCAUUGCCAGAGAUGGAAAAGCAGGUUGCUGUUUCGUCUUUGUCAGCCAUUAUCAAGUUUUUAGAGUUGCUGUCAGAUGAGUCUAACUUUGGACAAUUUGAACUGACUACUUUUGAUCUUAGUCAAUAUAUGAUUCUAGAUAAUGCAGCUGUUCAAGCUCUCAACCUUUUUCAGAGUUCCGUGGAAAAUGCUAAUACUGCACAGUCUCUAGCUGGUUUGCUAAAUAAAUGCAGAACCCCUCAAGGACAAAGACUAGUUAAUCAGUGGAUCAAACAACCACUUAUGGACAAGAAUAGAAUUGAAGAAAGAUUGAAUUUGGUUGAAGCUUUUGUGGUGGAUCCAGAACUACGUCAGUGCCUUCAAGAAGAUCUCUUACGUCGCUUCCCAGAUCUUAACCGGCUGGCAAAGAGAUUUCAGAAACAAGCAGCAAACUUACAGGACUGUUACCGAAUGUAUCAGGCUAUUAAUCAGCUGCCUAAUGUUGUACAAGCACUACAAAAACAUGAAGGAGCUCACCAGAUGUUGUUGUUGGCAGUGUUUAUAACACCUCUUAAUGAUAUCUACUCUGACUUCUCAAAGUUUCUGGAGAUGAUAGAAACAACAUUGGACAUGGAUAAGGUAGAGAAUCAUGAAUUUCUUGUCAAGGCUUCUUUUGAUCCUAAUUUGACAGAAUUAAGAGAGAAGAUGAAUGAACUGGAAGAAAAAAUGCAGUCCUUUUUAAAGAGUGCAGCCAAAGAACUAGGUUUGGAAGCUGGCAAAAGUAUCAAACUGGAGACAAAUUCACAAUUUGGACAUCACUUUCGAAUAACUUGCAAGGAGGAAAAAGUUCUCCGUAACAAUUCAAAAUAUGGAAUAGUUGAUACCCAGAAGAAUGGUGUGAAAUUUACUAACAGCAAACUGAGCUCUGUCAAUGAUGAAUACAUAAAGAACAGAGAAGAGUAUGAAGAGGCUCAGGAUGCAAUUGUUAAGGAAAUCAUUAACAUUGCUUCAGGUUAUGCAGAACCAAUACAGACGAUGAAUGAUGUGAUAGCUCAUUUAGAUGCAAUUGUCAGUUUUGCUCAUGUGUCAAAUGGAGCACCAGUGCCAUAUGUCCGUCCUGUCAUUCGGGAAAACGGACAAGGAAGGAUUGUACUGAAAGGUGCCAGGCAUCCUUGCAUCGAAGUGCAAGAUGAGGUGGCCUUCAUCCCCAAUGACAUUACAUUUGAGAAGGGCAAGCAGAUGUUCCACAUUAUUACUGGCCCUAACAUGGGGGGAAAAUCAACCUACAUCCGACAGACAGGAGUGAUUGUUCUUAUGGCCCAAAUUGGGUGUUUUGUACCAUGCGACUCUGCAGAAAUAACCAUUGUGGAUUGUAUCCUGGCUCGGGUGGGAGCUGGAGACAGUCAGCUGAAAGGGGUGUCUACUUUCAUGGCUGAAAUGUUAGAAACGGCUUCAAUCCUUAGGACUGCAUCUGAAAACUCCCUGAUAAUCAUUGAUGAGCUGGGAAGAGGAACUUCUACCUACGAUGGCUUUGGCUUAGCAUGGGCUAUUUCAGAAUACAUUGCUAGCAAAAUCUGUGCUUUCUGUAUGUUUGCUACACAUUUCCAUGAACUGACAGCUCUUGCUGACCAAGUGCCAACAGUAAAUAACCUACAUGUUACUGCUCUGACGAGUAAUGACACUCUGACGAUGCUUUAUCGUGUCAAGGAAGGUGUGUGUGACCAGAGUUUUGGAAUACAUGUAGCAGAGUUGGCAGCUUUCCCAAAACACGUGAUAGAAAGUGCAAGAGAGAAAGCAUUGGAGCUGGAGGAGUUUCAAAACAUUGGCAAGUCCAAGGAAUCUGGAGGAGAACCACCAGCCAAGAAAUCAUGUUUAGAGGGAGAAGAAGGUGAAAAGAUAAUUCAGGAUUUUCUUUGUCAAGUGAAAGCAUUGCCCCUGACGGAUAUGUCAGAAGAAGACAUCAAAGUCAAGCUGAAACAGCUGAGAAACGAUGUAUUGGCAAAGAACAACAGUUUUGUGAAUGAAAUCAUUUCCCGAACAAAAGUUACAUCAUGA